CAUCGUACCUGUCACCUGUCAGCUUUGCGCUACACCUUACCGCACAUCAAAGACACACAGAAUGGAUGCCGCAACUUUGCUUAUCGCCACUGAUGAAGACAGGGAUCCACAGAAUAAUAACGCUUAUCUGAAGGUAAGACGUUUAAAUGAAGUAGCUGGACUACGAUGUUUUCAUCUAUAGGUGACUAAGGUCAGCCAUAUUGUGAAGUAUACGAUACAUCCACAUCCGGUUUUGAAUAGUCGUGUUUCUUUACAGUCACAGCUCUGUUUUAAAUCAAGCCGACUUUUCUUGAAGGUGAAGACUAAUUUGUUAUUGUGGUUUCAAAAUUUUCAGUGACAGUAAAAGCGGCAACUAAUGUGGGAAGGUAUACGAAGGGUAAAAGGAAAAUAUUAAUGAUAUGAAACAGGUCUAGUCUAGAGUCGUUAUCACUGCAAGAUGGUUGCAAUUUACUCGAUAUUAUGCUGUCAUUUAAGGCAGCCCGUGAGCGCCAGCAUGAACGUUGCGUUUUCGAAUCGGUGAUUUCUAUAGCACCAUGCAGGCAGUGUUGUAUCGGUAUUUGGCAGAGGUUCAGUCACUGAACUUCUUUUCAGUGCUUUCUGGUCACGUAAAUGUAUUUGGCGACACAUUUCUCGAAGAUGAGUCGUUUCAGGAACCUUCGUCAAUUCUGUGAGUCAGUUUAGAAUUGAGCGUGGCACGAAUAAGAUUUUGUAUGUAAUGAACUCAAAUUCAAAUGAACUGCUCACAUCAGGCUUGAUAGUUGAUUAUUUCGUCCUGUUUCAUCAUGGAGUCGAAGGAGAAUGUUAUUAUGCAUUAUAAUUAUAUUACGAUAAGCGAGGCUGUCCGCGUAUGAACCGACCACUCGAAUUUCGGAUCACAGAAUUCCUUGAAAUUUUUACUGUGAUAUGAUUAGUCUAUUUAAUGGCAAAAAUCGCAUUUAUUUGGCUCUUAGUGCAAUUUCGCCAAAAUUUAGCGACGAUAUGCAAGGACGGUCCAGGACAAAGAAAAUUGUUUAUUUCAGAGUCAAUUUUAAACUUUUCGCUGAGGGCUCUAAAACUUGACCCAUUGGAUCAAAUGACACAAAAUGGAAAUAUUGUAUAAUUUUACAUUUCUUCUAUUGAUUGAUGGUAAAAUAUCUAAAGUCUGACCCAAUAACUGAGAAAUACGUUGUUUCAAAAAUACCACACAGACAGCUCAUUUCAAAUUCAAGCGAUCUUGAAAUGCUUUACAGAUCUCAAGUUUAAUGUUUGGUUUACGCUGGGUCAGAAGACGAAACCAUGUUUUGUGACACUAAGAACUUUUUUCAGCUCGACUGCCGGUCAAGGUUUUCAAAACAGUAAAUGGCCGGCAGUCCUAAAUUCUCAGUAAAUUUCACAAAAUCGAAAAAAUUCCAGCUAAUCUAAACUAUCACUAAAUCGACAUAUGAUAGUUUAGAUUAGCUGGAAUAUUUCGAUUUUGUGAAAUUUACUAAGAAUAUAGGACUGCCGGCCAUUUAGUAUUUUCAACACCUUGACCGGUUACCGGUCAAGGUGUUGAAACUGAGCUAAUUUCAAAUACUGUUAUAUGCAAAUUUUAUACUCAAUGCGUCGGAAAUAUUUACAUUGCGAAGGGGAUAAUUGAAAAUUCUUAUGGAAAAGAUUCGCAUUAUUUGCAUUGAAGAAUGGCCGCUUUAUGUUCGUUUUCGAGCAUUACGAGAAGCAAAUGUGAAAGUAGUCGAGGAUGUAAAGAAUCAGUACAUUUGAAUGGAUGUAAUGCUAAUAUCAGUACGCAUCUAAUUAAACACCAAGGGUAAGGGCAAGAGCUGAUUGGUUGGAGAUCACUGAGGAACAGAUGCAAAAGAUGACGGUUUGAUGAUGGGCUGGGAAAGUACUGGCAGGCACCGAAAACUUGCCAAUAUCCAAGACGCGAAGGAAAAAAAUCGGCAAUUUUUGGAACACAUGUUAUUAAUUUCAAGACAGCUAGUGAAAUCGUAUGAAACUCCUUGUUAACAAAAGGUUCUAUCAUAUUUCCGACGGCCACGCCCAUCAAAAGCUCUCUUACAAUAAAAUGAAAAUUUGGUAGUUUUGUGCUUACUGUGAUUUUCAUGAAAAAUUUCACAACUGGUUACCAACGGUUUAUUAAACUUACAUGUUUAUUGCAUCUUAAUUGCACUUUUUUAGUUCGAAAAACAUAAAUUAAGUCAUGGUCCUUGGAAGUUUGUUUUAUUAAGUCGAGUCAAUUUUUAAGAAAUCUGAGCGCGAAAAUCAGACCUGCCAAUGAAGACUGAGGAACAGCUUCUCACUGCAUGCCGGGAUAGACGUGUUACCGCCAGAUUUGAAAACUGUAAUAAAUUCCCCGCGUUUUGGUGUGCGAUUCAUAACUAUUGAUAAAAAUUUUCUCAUGGACCGAUGGCCUUCAAGUUUUACCAAUAUAUGUUUUUACUGCUGCUAUUCAUUUCCAUUGAAAGAAGUGGAUCGGCUGGGAACGAUUCAGGAGAGCAGGGAAGCAGUUCAUCAGGUGAUUCUGUUCGUUCGUUCUCGUACGAAAUAAACAAGUAAGUAUAUAAAAUAAUAUUAUUACUUUAAAUUUUAACACUGUAAAGGGUACCGUCGGAAAAGGUAGUUGAGCUCGGAAAAGGAAUAAAUGACAUCGAAUACAAGCGCCGUAACCGGCUCUAGAAGUAGGAAAUACUCUUCCCGUAAUGUCGACAAUUCUAAAGUAAGAUUGUGUUACAUGUUUUUUAUGUUAGCGGCAUUUAAAAUAGAUUUACCGGUGUUCCAUUUUUUUCCUUUAGUUUCCUCAUUUACACCAUAUCGAAGGAGAAAAAGAGUGAUGACGGUGAAGGUAACGAUUCUCCUAUAGCAUCUGUCGUGAAGAAAAUUUUGGAAGAUUCAGGAGCACAUAAUGUGGAAGUAAACAAACGCAUUUUGAACGUUUUUAAGAAAAAGAUAUCAAUCCUCCAUACAGCGUUCAAGCGGGCAAGCAAAUCAGGCGGAAAAGCCCUGAAGAAAUUAGUUAACGGGUGGAAAUUUGGACCAAAUUAUAAAUUAAAAGUGUUCUACAACGAAGUUGACGUUUUGAAAUUAAAGGGUGAUUGCGAUCGGCUGAGAGGUGAGAAAAGAGCACUCGAGGAGUGCGUGACUGAGCAAGCAGCUAAACGGAUUUGCCUUGAAGAGAAAUUGAAAACUGCCCUGGAAAAGUCAAAGAAGAAAGACGAAGAGAGCAAGACACGAUUUAAACGUUUGGCGAAAAAGGUUGCAGACAUGUGCUUGGAAAAAAGGUCAAGAGGCCCAGCAAAGAAAAAAUCUUUUCGGCAGUACACCCGACAGCAUCAGGCACGUGUCAAAAAACAGUUGAAGGAACAAUGUCACACAACCCUGUCAUUCCUUGGUUUAUAUAAUUAUGUUGCCACCAAGGUAGAUGUCUUCAAUGAGGACACUGGUAAGUUAGAGACUUUUAGUCUUCUUGAAGAAGGGGAACUUCCUUUUAUUGAUAAUGCAGAAAAGGAAAUGACAGACAAAGAGUUAGAUGACCUUAAUAUGUGGAUGUAUUUAAAAGACAAAUUUAAUAUCUCCAAUGAAGCCUGGCGUGAGUUUUCAGUCAAGGCAAAAGAUAUGCCAAAACUGUCUCAGAUAACAAAACGGAUAAACGAGUUAAAUACUUCAUGGAAUUUGAGUUGCACUCCGGGUGAAGCAGAAGGUGUUCAAGUGAAAUUUGAAGACAGCCUUCGAAAACAGUUAACAAGACUAGACUUGAAAGAGAACACAAUUAAGGUAAAGCUCAGUGGGGAUGGAACACAAAUAGGAAAGAGGUUGAAAAUAGUGAACUUUACUUAUACUAUAUUAAAUGAGAAAGAUUUAGCCAUGGGUGAAAAAGGGAAUUACAUUUUGGCAAUAAUUAAAACAACUGAAAGCUAUGAAAAUUUACAAGAGAGUCUCCCUGAUCUCAGGAAUGAGAUGGAAUUGCUUAAGACAAUUACUGUAAAUAAUUGUAAAUAUAAUAUUGAGUAUUUCCUUGGUGGAGACUGGAAGUUUCUGGCUUGUGUUUGCGGCCUGGGGGCUGCAAACCAAGACUAUGCUUGCAUAUGGUGUAAGUGCCCCAGGCUACAGAGGUGGGAUACAAAUAAGCAAUGGUCUAUGACUGAUCUUAGUCUAGGGGCACGAAACCUAGCACAAAUAAGUCAGUGUGCAAAAUCAAAACAGUUCAAUUGCAAAAAUAAUCCUUUGUUCCCAUUUAUUCCUCUUGAUCAUGUAGUCAUUGAUACUUUACAUCUGUUCUUAUGAAUUUCUGGCAAUUUAAUUGAACUUCUGAUCAGACAAUUAAGAAGACUAGAUAGCAUUGAGAGAAAGGUAACAUUUACAGAUGGAUUUCCAAGAGAUAAAUAUAAAUAUACGGCGGGUUAUGAAAUGCUCCUUAACAACCUGGGAGUUUCAUUUCAGUGGCACAUUGGGAAAGAAAGCAAGAAAUUAGAGUACAGAGACCUGACUGGUCCUGAGAAGUUGAAAUUGUUUCAAUAUAUACAAAUGUCAACAAUUCUUCCUACUUGUGAAAACAGUGCCCAAAUUCAAAAGCUAUGGGCUGAUUUCAUAGAUAUUAUUGGUGAUUUAAAGCUUUUAAAGCUUUUAGCUUUUAAUUUUAAUGUUACAAAGAAAAAUGUAAAACUAAGAGUAGUUAGUGGCUAAAAAAAGCAAAAUACACACACACGCAUAAGUGUAAUAACAACUUCUUCUGCCGACUCAAAUGACUGUAGUUUAAAGUCCUAUUGAAAAUCACGCGAUGUAAAUGAAUCUAUCCGAAUUGUUUACUCGAAUAUGAUCACGUCAAAAGGGCCCCUUAAAAUUUAAAAAUACAAAUGGUCACAUCCAAAGAUUUAACCGCCUGAAGGUGAUAGUCAAAACGAAAAGGAAAAUCUUACUUUAAUUUGUAUUGUUCAUGUAUACCAUUUUUUAUUUACUACUUUUUUGUACCACUGAAUGGCAUUACAAGGUGCUUGCCGGUAAUCGACAUCUUUGGUAACUAUGUCUUUAACAAAGUUACAUUUUUCAAUACAUAAUGAGGUAAAUUUUAGUAUAAAUUACCACAAAGAUGGAAUAGUAUCACUUUUCACGUCAACCAUUUCUUUCGAUAACUGUAGUGACUCAGUGUUCAUGUGUUCGAUGUUAUUGAAAAUGGUUCCGUGACAUUCUAAAUGUCAAAAGUAUCGCCGCGUGACAUGACUGAAAUCAAUAACUUCAAGCUCAGGUAAACACGAAGUUGUCUUCGUCAUGACAUCUUAUAAAUAAGCACUUCUUCUAGGGUUAAUCCGUAAACCAAAGCAUUUUAAUUUUUUUUUACAGUAUAAGACUGGUCAAGACUAACUGGAUGGAAGUUUGUCAACAUGUUUUUAGCAGUCCGCCUGGGACAGUUUAGCAUAAUGUUACGCAGAAGACGUCCCUUUAUACCUUCGUAAUUUGUAAUUUUGAGGCACGUUUUGAUGAAUUUAUGGAGUUCCUCGCCUUAACAAAAAGGCUGAGCUAGUUUUCAAAAGAGUCACUUCUUCGCAUAUUGAUUUUGAACGAGAAAGGAAAUAACCACAAAUAUGCAUAAAUUAAGUCACGCUUUUUGACCAUGGAAUGUUAGCAAAGUUUAUCGAGCUCCUGCAGCUCGGAAAGACUAGUCCCCAAAAAUGUUUUUCUUGUUUUUAAAACAAUAGCCCUAGUGCUAAACACGGAUAGUGAUCAGGACUCCACAUCCGGUUAUACUUUUGUGAAAAGUUUCUUGGAACAACAGCAUGCUUGCUCAAAUUUGAAAUGAGCUUUCUGUGCGGUAUUUUUGAAACAGCGUAAUUCUCAAUUGUUGAGUCAGAUUUUAGAUAUUUUGCCAUCAAUCUAUAGAAGAAACGAAAGCGAAAAAGCUUAAAAUUGACUCUGAAAUAAACAAUUUUCUUUGUCCUGGACCGUCCUUUCAUAUCGUCGCUAAAUUUUGGCGAAAUAGCACUACGAGCCAAAUAAAUGCGACUUUUUCCAAUAGAAUAAACUAAUCAUGUCACAGUAAAAAUUUCAAGGAAUUCUGUGAUCCGCCGAAAUGCGAGUAGUCUGUUCUUACGCGGACGACCUCUUAAAUUUCUCAAGGUCCAAUUUGGUUGCCACUUAACUCCGAAAGACAAACGAACUCACAACUGAAUACCUAUUUUAGAAAACAUUUUUCAUUUUAUUUUCCGAAAGUAAUUAUUCUUGAUCAGACAGAGAGCACUUGCCUCACUUUUCAGCUAGCGGCUGCGGCGAAACUGAAAAAUCAUAUCGGAAUAGUCUCACAACUAUAAGAGGCGCCCAGCUGAUUAUGACUUUAAAAGCGGGUGAUGCAUUAGACUCCUGAACUUCCGUGGGUUUCCCCACAAAUAUGAGUAAUCUCAUCCUUAAAGUGUGAACAAACGUAACAUUUACCAAUUAGGACAUCUUAAAGUCGUUAUUCGUUACUAGUGCGAUUCGCGACCCCAGACUUGAAAUAUGAUUAAUAAAAAUAAGUGAUUAAUCAAUGAUUAAUGACUAAGCAUAAAAGUUAUGAUUUGGCGUAGUAGGAAGACCUCGUUGAAUAGCUUACCAAUCAAUAAUGGGAUUAAUUUCUCUUGCUACCGAUGAAAAAUCUAGUCGAUUGUCUUUGCGAAAGGCGCUCCUGCAAAUGGUAAUCACUUAAAUUGUGGUUUAAAAUUCGUUUAAAAUUGAUGAACGCGAGAGUUCGGUACGAAAAUUUCCGUUAGAACACUGACCAAGUUUUUCGUUUUUAUAGGUGGCUUAUUCAGAUGUGGUCUGCGAGCCAACAGCAGUUCGUAGCCCGCAGUGCGUUCACCAGUUUACCAAAACAAUUUAUGAAGGCACCAUCCUUGGCACAUACUGGGUACUGACCAUUGUGUUCGGCGGUCUUCUGUCCUUUAUCUAUGGCUUGGUUUGUGGUUCCCUGAGCUUUUUAAUGAUUUGGGUGGCCUCUCCAUUUGCCCGCUUGUCUUUGAUCCCACUGGGGCUGUGGGGUAAAAUCUGGAAAUUUAUUGUUAUGUGCUUCUACGAUCCCCUGUACGAGUCAUGUGGCAGGAUCUUCUCCAAUGUCAACAUAAACUUUAAUACCAGAGCUAUCGAACAUGUGUAGUUAUUUAAUGUUCGACGGUUACUCGAUGGUCACCUUACAUUAUGUCAUAUCUAAACAUACAAUAAAAUACCGAUAUGUUUGCGUUGUUGACCAACUUGACCGAAC